ACAGAUACAAUCAGCUGGUCAGCAUUUAGCAACGUUUGAAAACUCAACUCGAUCACUCGAUACAAAAUGUACUAACUUUUAGUACAACAUAUGAUCCGAUCUGGCGUAUACAACCCAAGCCCAACUGUCAUCUGCUUUUUCUAUUCCCCUUUUCUUCUUCUUGCAUCUUUAGCGUCAAUUGGAAAAUCAAAACAACCACAUUGUUUACCUUUUCGCGAAACAAUUUACAGAAACGGAAGAAAGUUCAACUGUGCGAUACCAUCAUCGCCUAAUCAUUAUCGCAAAUAGUUCUAAUUCACCAUUUAUGGUAAUCUUUUUGUACGGUAAAGGUUCAGCGUGGAUAACAGCACAGAAUAGAGCCCAACCAUGAACGACUACUACGGAGAGGAACCAUCAACGCCAGAAAUAGAGUUUGUUAAGGUGGAUCCAGCAUAUGCUGAGCACCAUCUGAUGGACGAUAUGGAAAUCGAGGAUGCAAGAGACGUGCAACGAAUGGUUAGAGUUAUGCCGAAAGUUCGACCUCCAGCCAAUCCCAAAGUCAUAAAAAAGAAAAUCGUACGCGUUCCGUAUUUCGAGAAAGGCCACCACGAUGUUUUGAAGCAACGGAAGUUGAAACCAGCAGUUGCUACACCCAAUAGUUACUUAGUUAAAGGAACAAAAAAUAAAAUUAUACCGUUACCACAAGAGCUAUGCAUUGAGCUGAUAGGCAGAAUUAAACAGGAACCUUGUAUAUGGGACAGCACAAGCGAGCAUUUCAGAAACAAAAAAAAUAAAGAUCAAGCCUGGAAUCGUGUCGCGGCUCACCUGGCACUGCCAGUAGAACUGUUGAAAGCCAAAUGGACAUCCAUUCUUGGAUCUCUUCGAUCCUACAAUUCACGGUACAAGAAGGGCAUGCACACUGAUAGCAAACCAAGCUGGUUCGCUUACGAAUUGUUGAGUUUUAUGGGUAAUGAAAUAGGAUCGGUGCAAACGAAAGAUAGUUUAGAGCGCUCUUCUGCUAGCCAUCAUGGAGCAAGAUAUGUUCCCAGUAGCAGUAGACGCGUAACAGACAGGCCACCAUCGCCGACGGAAGUCAUUGAAGAGUACGUAGAAGAACGUUCGUUGCCCUCAAAUGCUGCGCCUACUACCAUCAACAGUACUGCCGAAAUGGACGACCCCAACGAUGCACCGGAUAGUACGUGCAAUGAAGAAAUAUUGCGAAUUGUGCGUUCCAUGUCUAAGGUGUUAAACAAAAUGGCCAACAUAGGCAUGUCCGUUGACUAUGGGCGGUACGUUAAUCAGCACCUGAAGGAGUAUGACGAUGAAAUUAGGCGAAAAACGGUAAAAGGCAUCAUGGACCUGAUCACAGCAGCCGAUGAAGAGAUGUCGUUCAAGUACCCGGAUCGAUCGAAGGUAACGGUGCAAAACAGCGGGGCAAAUCCACAUAAAAAGUAAUAAAAAAAAUAUUAAUUUAUAUUUGUUUGUAUUUGUUAUACCGUUUAGCGAAGUAGCAAUAAAGAGAUAUAGACCAAACUAAA